AUGAGCAGACCACAGGGGCGACCACGCGGUCCCCCACCCGCGGGCCUCAAAGGCUUUGGAAGCGUGGACGCGGCCAAGCCGGGCGGUGCGUCGCUUGGCAAGGGCGGCUUCGGCGGCUUCGAGACGGCCCGGAGCAAGAGCGGCCUGGCGUACGUCGCCGAGCGGGCGGACCUGUCGGCCAUUUCGGAUGCGCACGCCGUCGUCUCGUUCAAGAACCUCGCCAAGAAGGACAGCACAACCAAGGCGCGGGCGCUCGAGGAGCUGCUGGCCCACGCACAAGCACACCCGUACUCGAGCGGCGGCGGCGGCGGCGUGGAGGACGCGAUCCUGGAGGCGUGGGUGCAGUGCUACCCGCGGCUGUCGAUUGACGAUGCGCGGCGGGUGCGCGAGCUCGCCCACACGGUGCAGCUGGCCCUCAUGCAGUCGGCGCGCAAGCGCAUGGAGCGGCUCGUUCCCAAAGUGGCCAGUGCGUGGCUGGCCGGCACGUACGACCGCGACCGCGCCGUGGCGAAGGCGGCGGCCGACGGCCUGGCCUCGUUCCUGACGACCGACGACAAGACCACCGUGUUCUGGCGGCGUCUGCAGCCGCACAUUCUGCAGGACGCGACGGCCGCCAUGCAGGAAACGCCCGCCACGCUGAGCGACCUGCGCUCGACGACCCACGACGACGCCGACCUCAAGUACCACCGCGUGCUCUACAGCAGCCUGUCCCUCGUGCUGGCACUGCUGCGGACGCUGUCCGUCGCCGACACCGCGGGCCUGGCGCACGCCUACACACAAUUCUUCGCCGUCGAGGCCCUCUGGAGCCGUGCCGCCUUGUCGCCCGACAGCCACGUGCGGCGCGUGACGUACGAGCUGCUUCUGGCGUGCCUCGAGACGCGGCCGGACCUGCUCGAAGCGCCGGCGCAGCUGGCGCGGCUCACCAAGCUGCUGACACAAGACGCGCCCAAGACGAGCCAGGCAGGGUCCGUGGUGGACUACCUGCGGGUCCUGCAGACGCUGACCGAGGCACACCCCGGGAUCUGGGCCGACGGCGGCCACCCGUUCACGCGCCUGCGGCCGCUGAUCGAGAAGGGCUCGCAAGGCACGGCCGCGUCGCCCGCCGCACCGUCGCGCAACUUCUGGACACAACUCGACGCCCUGUUUGCCUCGAUGUCGCCACGAGACAUUGCCGCAGAAGCAGCGUCGUCCGUCCUGGCCUCGUUUCGCAAGGGCCUGUCGAGUCGCGACGAGCCGCAGAGCAAUGCCAUUGACGGCUGGACGGCCUACCUGUCCAUGGUGCGACGGCUGGUGGACGUUGUCACGCCGGACGAGGCACGCGUAGCUCUGGUCGAGGCCAACGUCUUCCCGUUGCUGGACCGCUUCCUGGGCCCGCCGCCGACGGACAGUGUCGGCACAGUGUGGGCGACGGGUGCGCACCUCCCCGUCCUGACCCGCGCAUCCCUCCUGGUGGCGCGACCGGCAUACGCAGACAUUGUCGCCUCGGCGCGGAGUGAGUGGGCACGGCUCGCCAGCGACUUUGCCGGCCGCAUGGCCAACUCGCUGCCCGAGGUGUCCAAGGCGUUCACGGCGUCGCAGCAGGCCAUUGCCGGCGAGGGCGACCGGUGGUUCGCGCUGGUCGCCGACAUCCACCGGUCUGUGCAGCAGGUCGAGGCGCGGCAGUCCACCGCCGACGGCGCCGCGGCCAACCUCGUGGAGCACGUCCUCGAGCAGCCGACGCUGUCGCUCCUGCAGAGCGCCGUCGACCUCUUGACCAAGCGCAACUUCAAGCCCUUUGGCGCCGCGCAGCUGGUCCGUGCCGCCUUCUCGCUCGCGCCUCAUGUAUUGCAGGCCAACGAGACGGGCACAGCCGUGAUCGAGUCUCUCUUCCCCGUCGACGACGCCGAGCAGCUCUCUCUCGUCGUCGCCUCGCCCUCCGCACCGGCCCUUCUCUCGUGCCUCCGGUCCAUGGCCACCAUCCCCGCGUUCCACGACCAGUACACACGCAUCUACGCCUCCAUCCUCUCUCUCUUGCUGGCCAACAAGGACGCCGAGCCCGACACCACGGCCAGCAGCAUUGCCCUGCUCAUCUCGGACGCGUCCGAUGCCGCUCUCGCCACCAGUCGGCGCAACAGCGACCUGCAAGAGUAUCUCGGUGGCGCCUGCUUUGCGACGGCCCAGGGCCAGCUGUCGAGCUGGGACCUCUUCCACGCCGUGUCGGCAUCGAACGCGCUGUCGCCGGCCACGGCAAAGAAGCUUGCCGCGGCUCUUGUUCGCUCUCUCGGCGGCGGCGACACCUCCAACCCAGCCGGUGUCCUCACGGCCCUCGAGACGAUGGCCACCAAGUCACCCGAGCUGCUCGCCGACGACGAGGAGCUGCACCUGGAGCUCGUCACCAAGCUGCUGGGCAUGAUGGAGGUCCACGACACGGCUCUCUCUGCCAAGGUGCACGCUCUGCGCGCGCUUGUCGACGGCAGCAGCAGCAGCAGCAACAGCACCAGCCGUACCCAUACCGGUGAGGGCGACGCCAAGGGCGCCCAGUCCACGCGCCUCAUCAAGAUUGUCCAGGACAACCUCGACAGCGCCGGGCCCAACUCGCUCGAAAUCGACACGCUUGUCGAGCAGGCCGCCAGCAUCGCCAAGGCACCCAGCGUCACCGACGAGGACAAGGAGAACCUGUUCCCCAAUACCAACAUCUGGAUGCAAGCCAUGCAGGCCUUUUUGGCCCCUGGCAGCACCGGCGGCCUGAACCUGAACCCAUCGCUGUCGCUGACGAGCAACGUCGGAGGAGCGUACCUGCUUGUGCCCUCGUCCGGCCAGCGGGCACACGCCCAAAGACAACGACCGGCCGUCCACCGCGACCGCCACGGCCGCUCCGUCCCGGCGCGCAUGGCUGCGUACGCGACGCAAUUGCUGGCAACAGUGGUGGACGACGACAGCGUGGCCCUUGCGGCGCUCCCGCAGGAAUUCCAGGUCGAGCUGCUGUAUCUCCUGUACCUCGUGGCCGAGCUGGGCUCGGACCAAGUGGCCCUCUCCGACGCCCACAGCCUGUGGGGCGACCUCACCGAUCCGUUUGUGCUCGCCGCCGCCGAGGACGCCAUUGCCGCCAUCCGGUCCACACUGGCCGGCGUUCUGCGGGCUGGCCGCUCUAACUCGUCGGCCUCGCCACUCUCGGACGCGCUCGUGGCCGCCAUGCUCCAGCAGACGCAACAACCGACCGCCCUCGCCGUGUACACGACCCGGGCCCUGAGCGGUCUGCUGCAGACGCGCAUGGAGGGCCGCACCUUUUCUGCCGCGGUCGACGAGGCGUACGUGGUGAAGCAGAACCUUUGGAAGACUGGUGCAGGCACCGGAACGACCCUCGGCGCACUGGCCUUUUUGUCCGGCUACGGCGAGGUGUUGGUGGCCUCCCCGUCCGUGUCCAACUUUUGCAACCGCCUCAUCAGCCACGUCGCCGGCGCCGACCCGCGCGCCAGCCACGCCAAGGCCCAGUCAACGCUCGAGACGCUCGUCCUGCUCAAUGCGUGCAUGGCUGUCUACGAGGUGGGCGCGCUGCCGACGGCCAGCAACCGGCUGAUGUUUGCCGUGAAGCAGAUUACGUCUUGGUUUGGUCGGGGCGACGACGGCGACGACGACGACGACAACAAAGAGGACGCGGCUCUCGACCCCCGCAUCGCCGCCGAGAGCUGCCGCGCCCUGCAGCGCCUCUUGCCCUGCAUCAAGGACAUGUAUGGCCCGCACUGGGAGCGCAGCAUCAAGUACAGCAUUGGCUUGUGGGACCAAGCCGCGGCCGUUGCGUCGGCACCGUCGUCGGCACCGUCGUCGGCACCCUCGUCGGCGCUGGACGAACACCUGCCCUACGUCUACGCGUCUCUGAAGCUGAUGGGUGCCCUCGACGCACUGGACGAGCCCAACGACGAUCUCGAGGACACGCUGGCCCUGUUUUCCGAGGCCAAGUGGACAGGCUUGCGCCGUCUGUUGCUCGCCCUGGCGCAUCGCCGUCCGAGUGCUGCUGCUGCUGCUGCUACGAGCUCAACACGCACACAGCCCCAGAUCGUCGUGGAUGCCCUGCUGUGCCGCAUGGCCAGCAAGACGCCCCUCCACCUCUUGACGGCCGACUCGGCGGAUCUCUACACGCUUGUUGCCUCCGACUCGCGCGACAUCCAGGCCGCCGGCUACGGCUUUCUGCACCGCGCCCUGCCGGCCCAGCAGGAAGAGCUUUCGUUCAACACCAUCCUCGAAAAGAAGGAGGCCCGCCUGCCCGACGAGCUGCUGUCGCUGCUGCUCGGCGCGCCCACCCUCGAGGCGUAUCCGGACGACGUCCUCGCGACCUUCCCGACGCCCGUCCGCGGCUACCUGCUGGCCUGGCGCCUCGUCUUUGACGCCUUUAGCACCGCGUCCGCCAAGGUGCGCAGCGACUACGCGGCGCACCUCGGCAGCAGCAGCCACGUGGCCGCCCUCUUGGACUUUAUCUUUGACGUGCUCGGCCACUCGGCCGCCCGGCCGCUGAACCUGGACAAGGAAGGCCUGGCGGACCGCGCCAGCAUUGCCGCGUACGACCUGGCGGCGGCCGAGGCCUCGCGGUCGGACGAGGCGCACAUGCACCAGCUGCUCGUGCACCUGUACUACCUGGUGCUCAAGUACGUGCCGGGCCUGUUCAAGGCGUGGUACACGGCCUGCCGCACCAAGCAGACGACGGUCGCCGUCGAGGCCUGGACGGCCAAGUACGUGUCGGCCCUCGUGGUCGAGGAGGUGCUCGACGACGUGGCCGCGUGGGCCGCGUCGUCCGAGGGGCGGGGCGGGGCCUCCGGCUCUGCCGCCGGCGACGACGACCACGACAUGACGAUCAAGACCAACAAGCGCGCCCGCGAAGUCGUCGCCGGCUACGAGGUCGACGAGCUCACGCUGUCCAUUGCGCUGCGCCUGCCGGCCAACUACCCGAUUGACAACGUCGCCGUCGUCGGCCUCAACCGCGUGGCCGUCGACGAGAAAAAGUGGCAGAGCUGGCUCAUGAUCACGCAGGGCGUCAUUGCCUUUGCCAACGGCAGCCUCGUCGAGGGCCUGGCCGCGUUCCAGCGCAACGUGCUCGGCGCCCUCCAGGGCCACACCGAGUGCGCCAUCUGCUACAGCAUCAUCUCGGUCGAGAAGCGCGUGCCCGAGAAGCGCUGCGGCACCUGCAAGAACAUGUUCCACCGGUCGUGCCUCUACAAGUGGUUCCUGUCGAGCAACCAGAACUCGUGUCCGCUGUGCCGGAACCCCAUCAGCUUCCUGGGGUCCGAGAAGUUUAAGCGGCGGGAUGUGGAGUACUGA